UACAAAGCCACCAGCAACAAUGAUCUCCAUCACUCUAUUUUGGUGCUUUGCUUCCAUUCAUCUCUUCCUUCUGCUUUCUAUGCCCAUAAGUCUUUGCCUUGGAUUCAGCCCAUCUUUACGACAGAAUAUCAAGUGCGUCGAGAGUGAAAGACAAGCGCUCUUAUCCUUCCAGCAACGCCUCACGGACGAAUAUGGUAUACUCUCUUCUUGGGUCAAUAAUGAUUGCUGCAAUUGGAGUGCUGUUCGGUGUAGCAACAAAACUGAAGGUCAUCAUGUCAUUGGGAUUGAUCUUCGUGGCUCGCAUGACAAGUAUUUGAAGGGUGAGGUUGGUUCUUCUUCCUUAACUCAAUUGUCACGCCUCAAAUACUUAGAUCUUAGUUAUAAUCAGUUUGAUCGGAUUCUCCUUGAAGAUAUUGGUUCUCUUGUCAAUAUGAAUUAUCUCAACCUGUCCUAUAAUUGGUUUAAAACUGCCCUUCCUCCCCAUCUUGGAAACCUUUCAAAAUUAUCGGUUCUUGAUCUGGGAAACAAUUAUUGGUCAAGUGGUAAUCUUAGAUGGCUCUUAAGUCUUUCUUCUCUACAACAUCUUGACUUGAGUCGGGGAGACUUUGGUGGUGCCAAUGACUGGGUAGGUGUCAUUAACCAACUUCCUCUUUUACAAAGUUUGUCAUUAAGUGAUUGUAACCUUCCACCACCUAUUUUAUCAUCUCAUUCAUACACCAAUUUCUCUAGAUUUCUAGUUGAGUUGGACCUCUCUCUCAAUCUUGAUUUGAAUUCUUCCAUUUAUCACUCGUGGUUGAUCAACUUUACUAAUAUUGUCCAUUUGAAUCUUGCAUACAACAAUCUAGAAGGUUUGAGCUUUGAUGAUUUUGGAAAUAUGACUUCUCUUGUGUCUCUCGAUCUUAGUGGAACUCAAGUUAAUUUCCAUUCUCUCAAAUCCUUUCAGAGUCUUCGUAAUAUAAAUUUAUUAGACUUAUCGGGAAAUAUUAUAAGAGGAUUGCUAUCUGAUUUUCUAAAAGCCCUUCACCCUCGUGUACUUAACUCGUUACAGUAUUUAAGCCUCAGGAUUAACGAAUUUUGUGGAUUCUUGCCAAAUUUUACCAUGCUUCCAUCUUUGAAACAUUUAGAACUAUCUGACAACAUGUUGAAUGGAACAAUUCCCCAAAAUUCGGGACAAUUAUCAAACUUGGAGUACUUAGAUCUUCAUUCUAAUUCAUUGAGUGGAAACAUUCCCCAAAAUUUGGGACAAUUAUCAAACUUGAAGUACUUAGAUCUUGGUUGGAAUUCAUUGAGUGGAACCAUUCCCCAAAAUUUAGGACAAUUAUCAAACUUGGAGUACUUAGAUCUUCAUUCUAAUUCAUUGAGUGGAACCAUUCCCCAAAAUUUGGGACAAUUAUCAAACUUGGAGUACUUAGAUCUUCAUUCUAAUUCAUUGGAGGGUGAAGUUUCAGAAGCUCAUUUUUCAAAACUGAUAAAUUUAAAAAGAUUGGAUCUAUCUAAUAAUUCUUUGAGUUUAAACUUGAAGACCGACUGGGUUCCUUCUUUUCAAUUGGAUUACAUAAUUUUGGGACAAUGCAACUUGGGUCCACUUUUUCCGGAGUGGCUUCGAACUCAAACUCCCACUUUGAUUGAUAUUUCAUUUGCUGGAAUUUCAGACAUCGUUCCUCAUUGGUUUUGGAAUAACCUGUCUCCUGGCAUGGAUCUUUCUGGGAAUAAAAUGAUGGGUGAAAUUCCAAAUUUGUCACUCAAGUUCAAUAUGGCACCUGUUAUCAGUUUAAAGUCGAACAAAUUUGUGGGGCGAAUUCCUGCCUUUCUUUUUCAAGCAGAAUUUCUCCAUCUUUCGAGCAAUGAUUUCUCAGACUUAAGUGGCUUAUGUGAAAUCGUCAACUCUCCCUUGGAGACAUUGGAUCUCUCUGACAACCAAUUAUCAGGACAACUCCCUGAUUGUUGGGAUUCCAUGCUCCAUUUAAAAAUAUUAAAUUUGUCUAACAAUUAUUUUUUUGGGGACGUUCCACAUUCGAUCGGUAAUCUUAUUCACAUGGAAUCCUUAGUUUUACGCAACAAUCAAUUCUCAGGAGGGUUACCUUUUUUGUUCAACUUGACAUAUUUGGGAGUCAUUGAUGCAAUGAAUAAUAAUUUAUCUGGAACAAUACCAUCGUGGAUUGGGUCGAAGAUACCAUAUUUGACUAUUCUGAAUUUGAAGUCAAAUCAUUUUCAUGGAAACUUAGGAAGAGGUCUCUGCAACCUCAAAUAUAUUCAAAUAUUGGAUAUUUCAUCCAAUAAUGUUUCGGGCAGCAUACCAACUUGCAUUCGUAAUUUCAAUGCCCUAACACAAACAUUGUUCUCUGGUCAUCCUAAUUAUGAGACUGAUAUUUUCAUGGUGUGGAAAGGUGGAGAGAGACAUAUCACAGGACAAGUAAUGGAUCUUGUAAGGAGCAUUGACUUAUCUUGCAAUCAUUUGAGUGGGAAAAUUCCUUAUGAAAUCACCCAGCUUGUUGAAUUGAUUAUUUUGAAUCUCUCGAGGAAUGAAUUAACAGGUCAAAUUCCAGAUAAAAUUGGUCGACUUCAAUCAUUGGAAUCUUUGGAUCUGUCGAGAAAUCAUUUGUCUGGUCCAAUUCCAUCCCAUUUAUCUCAAGUAUUUAGGUUGGGAGUAUUGGACUUGUCAUACAAUAACCUUUCAGGAAAAAUUCCUAUGGGGACUCAACUUCAAGGUUUCUCAACUUCUUCUUACGAAGGCAAUCCUUAUCUUUGCGGGGAUCCACUUAAAAAAUGCUCGGAAGACAUCAACCAAGAGCCAAACAUAAACAAUGUUCAUGUUGAGAAUGAAAAUGAAGAUGAAGACAAAUUAUUUGGACGAGAAUUUCUGAUCAGCAUGGCGUUUGGAUUUAUUGUGGGUUUUUGGGGAAUAUUUGGGAGUUUGGUACUCAAUAGAAGAUGGAGACAUGCAUUCUUCAAAUUUUUUAGGUGUGAAAACAACUAAAAACAGGCACCUAGGAGAUGCGUAGUCAGAGUGUAGCAAAUUUUUUAAGAGCAACGUGAUACUAUUUGUAAUAUCUUCAGUGAGAUAUGUUAUUACUUAGCGUGAUACCGUUCGUUCUAGUUCCCAAACAUUAAUAGAGUUUGUUUGAGACUUAUUUCCAUAAAUGAGUUGUUGUAUUGCCUCUCGUUUAUGAGUAUAUAUGUUGUUUGUCUGUUUUAA